GGUAAUCUCACAACAUAGCCAUUUAGCUCCAAGACCAGUGCAGAUCCUUCCUAAGCAUGUCCAUUACUACCUGCCAGGUAUCUACUAAAAUCACCUUAUGGUGGAUAACCCCUUUAAGCUAUGUUCAUACUUAGUAUUUUGGUCAGUGGUUUUAGCCAAACAUCAGAGGUUAAAUUGACACAGAGAAAAAACUAUAAUGGAACGAUUUUCACCUCUUCUGUGUUUUUGACCCACUCGUGGUUUUGGCUAAAAAUAUUGACCACAAUACUAUGUGCGAACCCAGGUUGACACUAGUCAUUUCAAUCACAGUCAUAAGCGUUUAGUAUAAGAAAACAUCUUGUACCAAACCCGUCCUUUCAUUAUAAUUGAGGAAGUACAGAUUUUAUAUGAGAAAAAAAUAGGCUGUCCUUGAGUUGUACAUACAGUGUGUGAUGAGAAAUGAGUCACUGCACAAACUUCUUUUUCAGCCCUCCAUAUGUUUAGACUCAUACAGUAUUAUGUGAGGGGAUGCUCUGCAGGUCAGAGCCAUUGAAGUACUUGCUGAGGGCAAAGGUGUGGUGCAGUGCAGCAAUAAACAAGGAGGAGGUAUGGAGCGUCAAUUAUCAGGGAGAAACUGAAAAUGUUCCAGUAAGCACCUUGCCAGCACAGAUAUAUCAGUUGCAGAUUUUGGCCUCUGAACUUAAGACAGGCUUUACAGAAGCUAUGCAGGAAUUGUCCCGAAUUCAACAUGGUGAAUAUGCCUUGGAGGAGAAGGUCAAGAGCUGCCGCUGUACCAUGGAGGAGAAGGUUACAGAGUUGAAAAAUUCUCUAAACAAUUUGAAGGAAGAGGUGAACACAGCUAUGGCUAUGAUUCAUGCUAUCAUUGCUAAGCAGGAGGAGAUGCAGCAGAAGAUUGAACAACUCCAACAAGAAAAACGAAGGGAAUCCCGAAAAGUUAAGAAUAAAAGGAUCCAGAAGGAAGAGCAUGCAGGUCAAACCCAAUCUGCCCAGAACAGCACCUUCCAAAAUUCCAAUCACUCCGAACCACUGAUGGUCAAUUUUCAUAACAACCUAGUGCAGCCAUCCCCAUAUGAAAAAGCACCUGCAUGCAGGUCAGUAAGUGCUGGCAGUGAAAGCAAUGUGACGGUCACCAAUACAGCCACUCGGACAACUCAUGAAGAGACAGAUGAAAGUUUUAAGUCCUCAGUGACAAUUGAAGGUCAGUCCAGAAUGUAUAUGCCUUCCCUCGUCUGGAGACAGCCAAAGGACGGAAGGGACUGGGAAGAAGAUGGUCCUAAAGAACAAACAGACGGGCCAAGGGAACUAGUACACAGCAGAGCUGCCCCAGUGGAGAAUACCCUCAUUGAACCCAGUAUUUUUGCCAGAAGACAGACAGCUGCUAAAGACCUUCUUGAAUCAGAGAGAAAAUAUGUCCUAAAUCUUUCUCAUAUGCUUAAGAUAAGGGCCAGUUUACAAGGGUCAGACAUCAAGAAAACCGCUAAGGAGCGAAGUUUCUUCCCUAGUUCCUUGCGGUAUUUGAUCCAGCAUCACCUGGACCUGCUCCACGUAUUGCAGGAAAGAGUAAUAAAAUGGUCCAGACAAGGAAUCCUGGGAGACAUAUUCCUAAAGUUAACCAAUGAUGAGAAUAAUUUCUUGGACUACUAUGUUGCUUACUUAAAAGACUUACCGGAAAGUAUAUCAGUGAUCCACAUUGUGGUUCUUAAAGAGGCUGAAGAAGACCUAAAAUCAGAUCUGUACAUUCUGCUCUUCCAUGUAGUUCAACGCAUUCCGGAAUAUCUUAUUCUAUUGCAGAAUAUCCUGAAAUAUACAGAACAGGAGCACCCGGAUUAUUACUUGCUGUUGGUUUGUGUCCAGAGGCUGCGUGUUUUUAUAUCACAUUAUAGCGUUCUCUUCCAGUACAAUGAAGAUUUGUUAAUCCAGAAACGGAAAAAACUUAAGAAAUCAUCACUGAUAAAAUUGUACAAAGGCCUUGCGUCUCAGUGCACUGUUAGUGGCCAGGAAGCUCCUCCUAGUCUUACCAAUUCUAUGAACAUUAAAGAAAAUGCUGCCCAGCCUGAUGAGACCCUCCAGCCUUAUACUACAACAUCGGGCUCCUCCUCAUCAGUCAUGCAUCUGGUUCCUCAUGUUAAAAAGAGCAGACAGACUCCAGUGGAAACCAUCCAACCAUUAAAGGCAUCUGACUGGGAAGCUGAGGAGAAGAGGAACGAAAGGUCGGAGAACAUCACAGCACCACUGUCAUUUAUUCGGAGUGAACAAGAAGCCAAUUCCCUUCCUUUACAGUCUAUUCCAGAAAUGGAAUAUGAAAGUAAUUCUGUGGAUGCAAUGCUUGAUGUUGAAAGGUCUAUGAGAACUUCAUCAAAUAUCUUACCUGAUAGCAACUUUGCCCAUAACUAUGAAGAAUUUGAAUACGGUGGGGAAAUAAUAGGCAUUUCUACUCCCUAUGAAGAGGAAACGUUUCCCAACAGGACUCUUUAUGAGUCUUGUUCAGCAGGGUCCUCAGAAUCCAGCCUUGAUAUUUGCUUUUUAAGACCGAUCAAUUUCACACUUGAGUCUAACAGAACAGACCAUUCCCGACAACCCAUGGCCAGAAGUUGCAUGUCACCAGUGAGUAAUAGUAGCUACAGACAUGACGGCAUCCACGCAAAAAACAAACCACUCAGCCGGUCUCUUAAGGAGUUCCCCCGAAGUCAAGAAACCGUGACUACCAGGUUAUACAGCACCAGAAGCACCCAUGCCAAUAGGAUGCAGUUCAAGCAGGAUCGAGGCACCCAAUCCCAUGGCCUAUCCGCUUCAGUCCGCAGCACCCACAGGCCCUUCUACAUUGCUCAGAGACCCCAGGUGGAAAGUAGAUCUUUACUAGAGGAUAUCCACAUGGAAAGAAAUGCAAGGUUCUACCAUAAGGACGAAACGGAACAAACGUCUUUCAGUGAUCAUCAUCCCAGAUCAGAUCAGAAGGGAGGCUUUCGGAGCUCAUUUCGCAAACUGUUUAAAAAGAAGUCCUCUGGACUAGAAAACAAAGAGAAGAUGAGCGAGAAGUCGUCCAUAGACCAGUCUCCCACCAGACAGGAGGUAUUCAGAGCUCACUCUGCUUUGAUCAAUGAGCUUGAUCGGGGUACAGCCGUAUAGUAGGAACCUGCAGAGGUGGAUGGCUAACCACAUUUUGGGAGCCACAGCAAUCGCUAGCUGCCAUUUGGGAGCCUCAAUCGUGGAAGCAUAGAAGCACAUCUUCCAAACUUAGCUACACCUGUUUUUUCCUUGCAAUGCCUUUAAAACUGCCUCCAAUACUGUGUUUUGUGGGUGCCUAGAGCUAUUGCCUGAAACAACGCCCCUUAACUAUCCCAUAUCAUGGUACUCACAGCAGACUUUUUCCACACAGGUAACACAUACACAAUGGUAACACUUUAGUCCCCAUACAGUGGUAUAGGCAAAAUAGUAGUACCAGCACAAGUACCCUGAUAUAACCAAACGAUUAUAUCAUACAAAUGCGCCCAAAACACUUACACACCUGCACUGUCUUUAUUCUUCUACAGUAGAAGUUCAGCACUAGAGAAAAUGAUCAAGUAUUUUUUAGUCUCUUAUUUGGCCACAAAAAAAAAACAAGAGUCUCCCAAGACACGUUGCCUGGCUAUAGAGAUUCAAUGGAACUAUGAACUGCAACCAGCAUUAAAAUGUCACUACUUGUAUAACUGGUACCAUACCUGCUGAUGUAGCUGGUACCAGAGGAGCAUAAGUGUUGGAUGACCUAAAUUAUUGACUCUUUCUGCUGGUUGAUCGAAUAGUGGAGAGCUUACAGCUUUUAAUAUGCAUGCUUAUUAUUAUUACAGCUAUUAUCCCUGGUCUCAAAGGGAACUUGCUUGUUUAACUCUUUUUGAUAUACUGAAUGUAAUAAUAUUCAUAACCAUUAUUUACUUAGUAGGGAAAUAUGGAAUACUUCUUUCUUAACAGGACCUAGUUCCCAUAACUGGAUUGUGAGAUUUCCAGUUAUUGCAUUCUGCACAUCUAGAAGAUUGCCCUAAAAUAAAAAAUAAAAAAGAAGCAAAAUAUUGCAAAAAAAGUUCCUAAGUUCCUAAGAUAUGAAAUAUACCCAGAGCUUGGCUUUUACCUUAGAACCUAUAUGCAGGAAAAAAUAGAUUAAAAGUGUCAUACUUAACCACACAGGCAUCUUUACAUGUAUUACACUAGGGUCUACAUACCAAAGCAGCUGCCCUGGAGCCCAGGAGAGAGGGGGUCCAGCCCUUUUUUUUACCUGUCCACCAUUACUGGAUAUUGAAAACCAAUACAGGACUCCCCUCUACAGAGGGUCUGCUUUGUUAGCGAUUAGGGGUAGGGUAUUGAUCCAAGGGUCAUUGAAGGAGGGUGUGGGGAAAAAAUACCAGGCCUUUUUGUCGAGGGUGACAUAAUAGCAACAGAUAGGUGGUCCCAUUAUCAUCCUUGCUAAGAGGCCCUUUGUAACUGCUACUGGUGUUACAUAGCUAUGGCUAAAGAACUCUGCCUACUGUAGACAGAUGGUAUAUUUAAAGAAGUAUCAUGGAAGAAAAUGUAUCCCCUAUCCAAACGAUAGGGAAUAUGUUUUAGAUUGUGAGGGGACCCCCCGCUCUCCCCGGGAACAGAGUGUGUCGACCCUAGCAGAAAACGGCCACCGAUGCGCCCCCUCUAUGUAUCUCUAUAGGAAAGCCUGAGAUAGCCAAACGACUCUCCCAUAGAGGUACAUGAAGGCGGUGUUACGGCUGCCGCUUCGUGCAGAGGUUAACAUACCCCCUUUCCAAGGAGAGUUGGGGCCCUGUGCAGGAGAUCGCAGAGGGUUCCAGCAGCCGGAUAGGGGAUACAUUUUCUUCCAUGAUAUAUCUCCUUUAAGACAGAGGGGUAGACAGAGGGGUAUCUAUUUACCAGAGACAUCAGACUUUAAUAUUUUAUUGUAAUAAAGUAAUUAUAGAGUAUGUUGUUUAAUAUGGACAAAGGUAAAUCUCAUGUAAUUAUGUUAAAAAAAAUGUAGAUAGUAAAAUAAAGUUUAAAAUAUAUAACUAAAAUAAUCAUUAUAGAUGUGCAUUAAAAUUCCAUCAGCCUAGAAUUCACAAUCUUUACUGCACAGUGGCCCAGAAUUGUUAUGCUCCUCGAAAUAAUUUUCUGGACUUUGCAUUAUUGUGAUGUUAUAUUUAAUAACACUGCAUUCUGAUACCUAUAAGCCUAUACGAUCCAUUCAGAGGUCUAAUCCUACAGUAUAUAUACAUGUAUACAGGUAUACACAAACUCAUUGUCAAGAUGGAGACAUUUGAUUUUGAGGUGUAGCAGUAAUAAGAGAUGUAAGUGUUUAGGGUGGAAAGUGAAUACGGAGCUGUUAUGCUAUGAUAGAUCUUCUACCCGUUAGCUGUAGUAGUCAGAGCCACAGUCUUAGUCAAAGUGUAUUAAAGGGGUACUACCAUGGAAAACUUUUUGUUUUAAUCAACUGGU